AUGUUCAAUUCCAAAGCACAUUCUUCCUCAUUACGUCAUAAAUGUGCACGCGCUGAAAAACAACAGCCAGUUUUGAUAAAUUUGAUUAACAAUAACAGACUUCAACGUCGAGCGUCAUUCUCUCAAGAUACAAACUUAAUACCCAUAUCGACCAUGUAUGGUUCAGAUUUUUUCUUUCCGCUUGACAAUGACGACCAGCAAAAACAUCAGUAUGACAAUUUAACCUAUCCUCAACCUCUUCCUCAUCAUUAUUACGAUCCAUUACCGAUUCCUGUGGCUUGCCAACGUUGUAGCCGGAGUACGGAUCGAUCAUCAUUUCGUGACAUGUCAUGUCAAGUACCAUCCGAUGACGAAGAAGAUCGCAACAUAUACCAAUAUGUUCAAUUCGAGCACCGUCAAAACAAAAGAUCAUCGCCCCUAUAUAAUUCACCCUCGUCAACACCACCACCGUGUUCGCCACCAUUAGCCAAUAGUUUGCUGUCACCGUACCAUCGUCGACGAAAACGCUCGCUAUCAUCCUAUGACGCGUUACAUAGCCGUUCGAAAUCGGCUCCGUCUGCCUCGUCAUCAACGUUGUCAUCCAUUACAUACUCAAGAAAAUCCUUCUUUGAGAAAAAGUCGAAACACCCUCUACCGUCACUUUUCCCCUUACAAUCAGAUAUGACUGUAUUAUCUUUAACACCUGAAACAGUUCCUGUCACAUCAACACCAUCAACUACGGCACUUCUUCGUUCUAUAAAAACAUCGAUACAUGCCAUGAAAAAACGUCUCAAAGAUAUUCGUCGUUUGUCCGAGGUGGGUAUGUGUUGUUAA